GAAGGUAAACACGACUGACAGCUUUCAAAUCGAGACGUAUAACGUAACGCUACAUCAAGUCACUCUACGUUUGAUUUUGAAAAAUGAAAAUAUGUUUUCAUGUUUUGUGUGGUAUGGUGUUGCUGCUCGCCUUACCUUUCUGUGUCACCAGUCCAGUGCCCACAGGAACGUUUCAGACCAAAUGUCUUGAACGUCACUUUUGGCUUUCUGUCAAGUCCAGCUUCCUUGGCCUGAUGAUCCGUUUUGACUUUGAAGACCAGUAUGGAUUCCACAUCUUGUCUGAUCAGGAGGCCACACUCUGUGGUUACACUGUCCUGAUCAAUGCUGUUGGAGACCUGGUGUUUCGUGCCUCCUUCCUGGCCUGUCACGUCCACAGCGAGAGAGGCAUCGACUAUCGCCUGCGUCUUUGGUUUGUGAACCUGCAGGCCGAUGGGAAGGUGGCGGCGGCGUAUCCCUUUCAGCUCCACUGCUCACUCCGGGGGCAGUGGAGCACCAGAGAGAUUGUCUGUGAGGAAAACUACAUGGAGGUGUCCAUCCAGCAGCCUAUCCUGCAAAAUGAGAAGAAGAAGUUGAUUGAACACCUUAUUGACACUGAGAAGGGAGCUGCUGAGGCAGACAUGGCUGUGAUGUUCCACAGAGAGGACCAGUCGCCAGACGAAGCGACGGUAUUGUCCCUGGUGGAGGCUGCUGCUCUGGGCUACCACAUCUCAGUGCGUGGCUCUCUCCUCACCCUCCGCUGUCCCUACUCCUCCCCUCUCUCAUACUUUGUCAAGGAGAGGGGAGUGAAUUUAGAGAUUGUCAGAGCAACCAUCCUGUACCGAAUCCAGAGCAACUUCCUCACUGUUGACACCACUGUUGCCUGUGCUCUGAAUGAGGCUACAACAGAUGGGUCUGACCUGCUCUGGACUUUCCCUUAUAUUCUGUCUCCGUUAGUCCAUGGUCAGUUCAGGGACAGAGGCAUGAGGAUGGGAGUGAAAGGCCAGGCUCUGAGUGAGUCUGAAAAUAAAGAGAGGGGAUACAAGAUCGGCCUGCAGGAGGGGAGAGUGGAGGUCAGGAUUCCUUUAGGAGCCCAUGGUGGACACAUUAAGAGUGGGGUUGUGAGGGGACGGUACAGCCAGUCCAUGUCUGCCGAUCUUUUCUUCGUGAGUCAGUGGGAGGACGAGCGCUGGCCGCUCACACAGCAUCGCUCCACCAGGCUCCUUAAGACUCCUUUCAUCCCACAAAUCCCAGUCUUCACCAACAACACAGUCCUAUCUGAGGGAUUGUUUUCUGUCACCUUAGGUCUCUUUGCGCCUGAUGUUUCCUUGCAGAAGGUGACAGUAGAUAGUGGUGGUGACCUUUUAACCUGGACCCAGAGUGACACAGACAGCCUCAGAGUAUCCAGGCUCUCCCACUCUAAUGGGAGCCACUCCUACCAGCUUGGUUUCCCAUUGUCACACCCAAAAAUAAUCCCAGAGCAUAUAGGUGGUGGCUACGAGACGUACAGCCUCUCUUUCACCUUUACUUUUAACAUCGUACCCAACGGAGAAGUGUUUUACCAUCAAGCCACUAUAGAGCAGAGUGUUGAAUACGCAGCUCCGAGUUCCCCGAAGCUGGAGGGGAAGUGCACAGAGAAGAGCCUGCUGGUGCUGCUGCACCACGGGGCCCAGCCCGACCUGCAGUGGGAACUCUUCCUCGGAGCUCGCAAACUGGACUGGGACCUGGUGGAGAUGGGUGGGUUCGUGGUGGAGGCGAAGGAGGACUACUUGACUGUGGAGAUCCCCCUCUACAGCCCUGGAAUGAACUAUGUGGAGCUGACAUUGCGGGGUCUUGUGUCUAGGGUGGAAGUGUCUGUUGUGGAUGCAGAGUCUCUGAAAGUGGAGGACAGUCUUGUCCAUGAAUGUACUUUUCCUGUUGGAGAACUCCUAGUAUGUUUGCCAGAAGGGAGGAUGGUGGCAGUAGUCGACACCACCCGCACCAUCCCGCCCACUCACCCCAACCGGACCACCCUAUUGGACCCCAGUUGUGUUCCCAUGGAGACGGACAGUGCCAGAGCAAUGUUCAGCUUCAGCCUGGACUCCUGUGGGACAACUGUAAUUUUCGAGGGAAAUGUCCUUGUUUAUGAAAACCAGAUCAGUUACCCUCAAGAUUUACUGCCUUUAGAUGAUCCUCUCAUACACAGAGAUUCUCCAUACAGGCUGACAAUUCAGUGUCGCUACCCAGCAAACCAUAGUAGUACUCUCGCUAUCCAACACCCUUUGAACUCCUCUCUGAACCUUUCACCCGUGCCAGUCAAACGCACCCGCAGGGAAGCUGCAAACACAGGCCAAAUGAAAUGGAGAGUGAAUUUGGAGGGACGGCAAAACCUUCAUCUCGGUCAGUUUAAGGAACACAAUGUUUGACCUCUUGUCUCCUCUUUUCUGGAGUUUCAGCGUGGAUCACUUGGACACACUUGGUUCUGCUGCUGCUCAUGCGUUUUUGCAUACCUCACCUGUAAAUUGAUGCUAUUUUUUUUAUUUGGUCUGUAUUGUAAGUUUGUUUUAUGUAUGCUUUUUUUUAAUUAUUAUUUUUUUAUUUAGUGUUUAUCCUGACAAAAUAUGAGAAUUUCAAUGAGUGGAACUGUUUCUUUUUGUAAACAUGCAUUCCAUUGUGCCAAUGUCAAUGUUAUUUAUAGCACCUUAAAUUUACACCUAAACCCAAAGUGCUUUACACUUUUGAUUUUUGUUAACUUAUUUAUUAUUAAAUACUUAUAAACAAAUAAUAAUAAUAAUAAUCAUUAGCAACACAAACAACCAAAAAUAGCUGACCCGCUUUGGCCUUUUGGUGCUUUUUAAAAACUUUGACUAAAUACCAGAGCUAUGGGAUCAUGUGUUAAUGAAGGUGGUGAACCAGAGAGACACCUUAACUUGAUGAGCUGUAAUAGACCUUUUUAAUGGCAUGACAUUGUUGUGUCAUAGCAGGUUGAAUUAUUAGCAUUAAUAAUGUAUGCUUUCAACUUUGGCGUUCUAGUUCAAGGGCCCUGAUAUUAAACAUGCUGCUUCA